AGACUAUUGUAGUCUCUCUUUUACCCACGCAGCCACUUGGCCGGCUACAAAAAAGUAGAAGAUGUUAUUCCUUUGCUCGCUCCUUGUUAAAAAUAUUGGCAGCAGUAUCCACUUGACGUACUUGAGGACAUUAUCACUUUGCAAUAAACUCAGUAGCAAGUCAUUCACUGCUGAAGACAGAUCAACUGAUCCAAACACAUACAAAAGAGGAAGGAAUGAUGAGGAUCGUGAAAAUCAUAAGUGGACCAAAAGCCCAUACAAAAUCAAGCAGCUCCGUUUUUCAAGACACAUAGUUAACCUGGUGCACAAGGGGAAGGUUUCCGAGGCCGCUGAAGUGUUUGAGUCGAUGAGAGGCAACAAAGUGAAGGCAGAUGCCGUCGUAUACAACUCUCUCAUUGCAGGCUACGGGAGAUCGGGGAACGUCGAGGCUAGCUUCAGAGUCUUCAACCAGAUGAAGAAGCAUGGACUAGUACCGACUGACCACACCUACACCAGCAUGUUGUCAGCCUGUGCCGAGGCCGGUACAAAGGCAAACGAAAUCCUCACUAAGGUUGAGAGUGAAAUAGAGAGAAGAGGAGUUCGUCUAAACACCAUCGCAACCAACGCCCACAUUAAUGCAUUGGCCUCGUGUCGGCAACAAGAACACGCCCUCAAGGCUUAUCUGGACAUGAUAAAGACAGGCACCACACCAGACCUGCACACCUAUAGUAGUCUACUGCAGGCCAGCGCUAAGGACAGAGUGGAAGGUAUGGUCAUAGCACAAAGAGUGUGGGAGGAAAUGAUUGCCACUGGACAUCAACCGGACCUGUACAAUUUCAACCUCCUCCUACAGUGUUUGAGAGAUGCUGGUUUAGAGGGCACUCGAUCAAACGAUUGUGAAGAACUGAUACGUGUACCUGCAGUUAAAAUACCAUCAGAUUUGCAACGAAGUUCGACCGUUAUUGCAGACUCUUCUUCUCAGGACGAAGUUCGUUUAUCCUCACCAUCAAUUAAUGUCAAACAAACAGGAAGUUUUGAAGUGUUCCUUUCUAAGACUGAAUCACUCACUGUAAAUCUUGGCUCAGUAGCAACUAAAGGAGUCAGUAGCAGCUCAAUAAGAUGGCUGGAUCGAUUUGGAAUUGAAAUCCUGUUUGAAAGUUUGAAGACUUUGAAUCUAAAGCCAGAUAUUCGAAUGUUUCACCUUCUCCUACAAUUAAUGCUAUCUCCAAAUGACGUGCUGAGUCGAUCACAGGAGUGUGGAGUGAAGCCUGGUGCAAGGGCUCUGGUAGCGGCCAUUCGAGUACAGGCGAAGCUGGGGAACAUGACCGGAGCUAAGGCUAUUCUGAGCUACUCUCAUUCCAUGGGUGUGGACAUGGGUCAGUUUGGCUACCAGGCUGUGGCCAACUCCUGUGUGAGACAAGAGGAAGGCCUUGAACUACUGGCAGAAAUCAAGGCCGUUGAUUUGGUACCAAACGAGCAUGUAUUCGAGACACUGAUUGGGAAUGCAGCGAGAAGCAGGAACUUUGUGUACCUCACCGCACUGAUCAAGAAGAUGAGGCACUUUGAGGUGUUGCCUAGUAACUCGUUAAUCGAAACACUGGACGCUGCCGCAAAUCAGAAACCAAAGAGUGUGUACCUGUUGAGACAACUAAAUGGGUUCAAAGGUUACUAUAGUAUCUGGAAGGAGAUGAUGGUCGGCUCCAAAGUAAUGAUGAAACGUACUGAUUAACGACUCAUUAUCUCAUCAUUGUAUUGUCAAUUCAGUUUCAUUCAAGCACGUGUGUAUCAAUUUUGACGUUGGAACAAAGUUUACCAAUAGAUAUAUAGAGCACUCA